UCGCUUAUUUGCGAACACGAGUGAGUCGUCGCUGUUUAGUCUGUUUAGAGCAAGAGUUCAAACAUGGCACGAGAAAAUUGGCCGUUUGAGCAGACUUUUUCUUUUAAUCAUCUUUCCUCAAAGACGCCGUCAUUCCUACAGGACCGAGACAUUUUAAAACUCCUGAUGAAAUGGUCCAUGCUGGGGAGGCUUUCGGCUCAGUCCUACAGCUUCGACCAGUGCUUUCACCCUUACAACAGCGAGACAUUUGUACUGUCCUUCUUCAGAGACCCCAACGUGGUAUCCACUCUGAGGAGGAUGGAGGCCGGAGCCUGGCUGCCCCUCGACAAGCCAGUGGUGUCUGUUGAUGUGGAGCCGGUGCAGUGCACACAUGUCUCCAUGGAGCUGUUUGACCCAUUCUACUCUUGUGGGGUUGUGAGGCCCUCGGGACAUCUGGUUAAAUGCUUUCAUGAUGUCCACCCCGACUACGAUGAACUAAGACAGAUGUUGCGCGAGGAGGACUCUGAGCAUUACCAUGUGGUCGGGAAGGAGGAGCGAGGAGAGUUUCUGUUCCUCCUCUUCAAGCACCUGUGUGUCGGGGGAGAGCUCUGUCAGUAUGAAGACACCAUAGAUCCUUACCUCAGCACAACCAAGCGAAUCUACAAAGACCUGAUCAGUGUUCAGAAGGAUCCAGAGACAAAAAAGAUCAGCGUUGUCUCCACAGUCCUUAAGGUCCGCGCCUACGACGAGUCCGGGCGAUGUUACCCCCAAAGACGAGAGGAGGAGCAGACGUUCGCCUUUGCGAUUGUCGACCCCUUCAAACGACACGUGACUUUGUUCUACCACUGCUACGGCGUAGGAAACAUGUGCACGUAGAAGCAGGUGAGCUGAGGACUUGGAGACGUAUCCAGAAGCAAGUCGUACACAAUGAAUUGUGUUAUAAAUGAGGAUUCAUUGUUUUCCUCUACUCAAGUAUGUCAAUAGAAUGCUGUUAAAAAGCCUUAAAAUGACUCGAUGCCUGAUUUCACAGGAGGUUGAGCAUGUUUGUGAUUAUAUUGAAAAAGAUAUCACCACCAAGAUUUCACUCUAACUACAUGUUAGAAAACUCAAUAUUACAAUAAAACACUUUCACAUAAGAUGAG